AUGAAAGUCAGAAACCACCGUCUAGAGGCAGCAGAAAAACAAAGCCAAAAAGUUAUGGAACGACUGGCAGCUGAUAUGCUCUUUGGAUAUAAUGGUCCUCAAAAUGUAAAAGCAGCUGUAUUACUGUAUAAGCUUUUAGCUGAAGAAGGGUCACAUAAAAGCCAGACUGCAUUAGGAUUCUUGUCGUCAUAUGGAAUAGGAGUGGAAUAUAAUCAGACAAAGGCACUCGUAUAUUACACAUUUGCUAGUGUUGGAGGAAAUCUUAUAUCUCAGAUGAUCAUGGGUUACCGUUACUGGUUAGGAAUCGAUGUUCCAAAGAAUUGUGAAGCAGCGUUAACUAAUUAUAAGAAAGUUGCAAAGUUUGUAGCUAACAAAUUAGAAAAAAAUGAAGACAUACCAGUUGAAAGAGUGAGACUGAUGGAAAGGCCAGAAAAUCUGAGUAUUAAUGAGGUAUUCUUGGACUGGGAUUUACAUCAAUACUUUAAGUUUUUGGCUAAAAGAGGAAACACACGAAUACAGAUAUAUCUUGGACAGCUGCAUCUUGUGGGAAGAAGAGGACUAGAAAAAGAUCAUGCUAAAGCUUUCUACUACUUCCUAAAAGCAGCAAAUGCAGGGAAUGCAUAUGGGAUGGCAUUUGUUGGAAAGAUGUAUUUAAAAGGAAGUAGUGUUGUGACUCAGAGUGAUAUUACUGCUUUGAAGUUCUUCACCAUGGCAGCAGAUAAGGGUAAUUCUAUUGGACUCUGGGGGCUUGGUAUCCUUUAUUUAAAAGGUAGAGGUGUCCCACUGAAUUACACUGAAGCUUUUCAGUAUUUUCAAAAAGCAGCGGAGAAAGGAUAUGACAAUGCCCAAUUUCAGCUAGGAGUCAUGUAUCAUGGUGGUUUAGGAGUGAGGAGAGAUUUUAAACUUGCCUUCAAAUAUUUUGACUUGGCAUUUGAAAAUGGCCAUCUCCUUGCAGUAUACUAUUUGGCUCAGAUGUAUGCUGAAGGAACGGGAGUGUUUAAAUCCUGUCAAAAAGCAGUUGACCUUUAUAAAAUUGUAUGUGAGCUAGGAGGAUGGUCAGAAAUGUUCCGGACAGCAUAUUUUGCUUACCAGUCUGGUAAUAUUGACUCAUCUCUUGUCCAAUAUGCCUAUUUAGCUGAAAUGGGCUAUGAAGAAGCUCAGAUUAAUUCAGCUUACAUCAUGGAAUCUGAAAAAGUUAAACUUCUACAUAGAAAUCAAGUGUAUCCAUUGGCUCUUCUCUUAUUGAAGCAAGCUGCAAGUCAAGGCAAUAUAUUUGCCAGAGUUAAAAUUGGAGAUUAUUACUUCUAUGGCUUUGGAACAACAAAAGAUUAUGUUUCAGCAGUAACCUACUAUACUCUUGCUGCAAAUCAACUCAGCGCUGAAGCCAUGUUCAAUCUGGCAUACAUGUAUGAGCAUGGUUUAGGCGUUCCUCAGGAUAUACAUUUAGCUAGAAGAUGGUAUGACUUGGCAGCUGAAACCACCCCAGAUGCUGUCAUGCCAGUGUUCCUAGCAUAUGUAAAACUUGAGACUAUGCAUGUGCUUACAUAUCUGCCACUUCUCAGUCUUACUGCAAUCUGGAAACUGACAGUAUUUGAUGGUUUGCUAAGAAUAUAUUGGGAUAUGUUUAUGAUUAUAUUCCUGUUUGCAUUAGUGAUAUUGUUAAGAGCCCAUCAGCAAAACUGA